GACUCUCUUCACACUCAUUCCACCGGACUUCCAAUUCACAAAAGAGAAACACGCACAUCACGGCAGGAGAACUCUGACAGAAACCUGCCCUCAAUCUCAGCGGCGCUGUCACACGCUUGCACACAGAUAUACAAACACAUUCACAGCCACACACACACACACAGACACACGCGCACACUGAAGAGCAAACAGUCUCUCUCUCUCUUUCUCUCUCGCUCUCGCUCACCCACUCUCCUCUCCCUCCCAUCCACACACGCACACCACUACAGUAUAUCAGCUAGCGACUGGCAGGGAAACGGAGGGGAGAGCAGAAAUGAAUGUGAAGAUCUUGACGCUGGUGAUUGUGCUGGUGGUUUCUCUGCUGUGUUCAGCCAGUGCUGGUCCAAUGGCCUCCACCGAGCAUAGCAAAGAGCUGGAGGAGGUGGGCAGCAUGAGGACUCCUUUGCGGCAGAAUUCCGCUCGAGCCGGCCGGAGCCAAAGACCUUCUGGCUGGAGGAGGAGACGCCCUCGACCCCGCCUCUCCCAUAAGGGGCGAUGCCAUUUUAGAGCAAGGCACAGCUUAGAGUGCCCUCCCCCUUGGUUCUGAUUUCUAUGCUCUUCCUUUGCCUUGGGGGGCCUUGCAACAAGGGGCCUUUGCUAGCCCAGCCUGAAGAGUGAUGUCCAUAGCACCUGCUGGUUCUUCAAGCAACUCUUCUUCUGUCCACAAAAAAAACCAGGACAAGCCACUCACCCUCAGCUCUACGAAGAAUUGUGGGCCGGAAACGGGGGUGGGGGGUAUUGAGCCCGAGCUAUCAGAUUCUGUCUCUCUCUGUCUGUCUCUCUCCUCCUGUGGUUUUCCUCAUUUGCUUUCUAGAGCCCUUUCAUGGCCACACUUUGCAUGAUGUGUGAGCAGUGGGGAGCCUGGUCUAAACAGUUAUAGUCCGAAAGCGUCAGUUUCUUCUCCGAGGUGUGCUAGUCCCAUUCUCUCCAGUGUGAAGGUGACCACAGCGCUUUGUCCCAUUGCUACGUGUUGGCAACUCUUGGCUUAUAAAUGGCGUUUAUGAGGGAAGACAGU